GUUUAGAAGCUUUUUCCCAAUAUUUGUAGCAUAUUUCAAUUAAAGUGUAAGUUUAAACAAGUUACUUGCAAAGUACAAGGUCUGUUUUGCUGUUUUCUGGCGUGUGAACUGCACUUUAAAAUUCACUGGCCGCCACACGCUGAGAUUGGAGUUCCCAUUUCUGUCAGAGAUGCGUCCAGACUUUGAUUGCUGCACAAUGAAUUCCAAGUGGUGUGUGGCUCACUGUUUGCCAAAAAUUGGAUGAAUAAUCUGCAAACAAGGACAAGAGAGGAGGGAUGCAAAUAACAAAAGAAAGGCGUUUCCAAGGCAACAAAUACGGCCAAGUGGUGUCACAUGGGCUUGCCAUUGAAAUCUCUUGGUUGGGAUUUCUCUCAGCUCACUUGGGCCAUUCCAAUGACAACAUGACGGCGAGCGCAGCUGUUUUCAACCUCAGCCACACGGCAGACUUGGGCACCGUUAACAGGGAGCAGGAUGACGGCUCCAUAGCUGAAUUUAAGCACUUCAACAUUGCCAUCACUUCACUGGCUCUCUGCAUCCUGACUGCCACUGGUAUCUUUUGUAGUUUCUCCUACUGCAAUAAACGGAGGCAAUUGAGGCAGGCCAGGGAGUACGAGAACACAGUAGUUCGUGAGAAAGGACUCAGCCCGGUGGAUAUCAAAGGCCUGAAGAGGACGCAUAGCCUUCGCAAUCCAUUCAAUGGCCUAAUGAGGAAAGCCGAUGAUUACAAGGACGGCUCUCAGAUUUACUUUAUCUACAGCAACCCCAUUGUAAUUACUGAGGAGCAAAACAGCGUGAUGCCUGAAGACAACCGAGUCUCCUAUGACACCAUACAAUUACAUGAACAGAAGCAAUCGGCUGGGAUCAUUCUUGAUCCAUCCAUGUUUUAUAUGCAGUUGUAGCCAUUAAAUGAGUAGUGGUACUGACGUUCUGACGGAUCAGGAGAACAUGUCAUGUAAUGCUUGUACUGCCCCCUUGUGCCCAUUAGUCUAAAAUCCUUGAAAAUGUUAAUAUUUCAUUUCUUCUGAGCCACAUAGAAUUCAGGAGUUAAUCAUUCUUAUAGAAUAUAGCACCUUUCUGGGUUAGCACCAUCCCAAAAUACUGGUGUAAGCCACAAUCUACUGUUACUUUAGAGCUCACAGGUUAAGAGACUUAGUCAAGAUGACUUCCCUACAGUUUCAAGUUAACUCCUUUAAUUUACUUACCAGCAGUAAAUUACUUACCUUGUUUCCUGUUAGUUCUGUCUGAUCCACAAAUGCACUUAACUUCUAAUUACAGUUUAGCCUAAUGAGUUAUAAAUGUGCAAUUUUAGUAUCCUAGGUUCAAAUGCCGUACCCAUCCAUUGUGUGUGUGUAUAGAGUUUGUGUGUCUUCACCGGAUUUUUGUGUCCUCAAUGACAUGCAUGUGAGGUUACUUGGCAAGAAGCUCUGUGUGAGUGUGAUGGACUGGCAUCCCAACCAGGGCUGGUUCCUGCCUUGUGUCUAAUGCUGCCAGCAUAGGCUCCAUUCCCCCAGAGCCUUGAAUUGGAUUAAGUAGGUGUGCGAAUCUUCUGUCUUUUUCUUGUUAAAAUAGUGGCAGCAACAAAAAUAAAACACAAAAAAUAUAUACCCAGGACAAUUAAAACAACUAACAGCCCUCUGAUAGAAAAAAUGAUUUGUGAGUUUUAUAUAAAUCAUGAAAAGGAUACAGAUGACUACAUAACACAAUAUGAAAAAUGGUAUAUACUCCUUUCAUUAGAUUAACAAAUGUUUUGCCUCUAUAUCAGUGGUUCUCAACCAUUUCUAUGCCCCACACGGCUAGAAAAUGUUUAAUUUAUGUUCGCAUCCCCUACAAAAGUAAAAUCGCAUCAGAAGAUGAAGAAAUCAAAUUUCUGAUUUUUGAAACACAAAUUGUACAACAAAAAGUACAGCAGGUGAACAAACUGAAAAAAAAAUAAGUAUCAUCUCUUAAAGCAUGGCCAUUCAGCUACAAAUUCAGAUUUUCAAACUAAGAAGUGUGGCUGGGCCAGACAUUUUCAGCAACCAGUAAGCAGCAGGUAAUAAUAUAUUUUAAACCAACACAAAUGAAUGUAGUGGAAAACAAGUAAAGUAAAUUUGGUCACAUCUAAUGCAGGCUAAUCAUAAAAGUGUAUAAAAAAACAAUAAAAAGUUAUAACUGUACAGAAUCUGAGGUACUAGCAAUACUUUUUUUUACUUUUGAAAUAAAAAAUAAACAUAUUUGACCCAGGCACAUCACAAAGUGCUUUUAACAGAAUAAUUAAGAACAAUCAAUGCUACCAAAGCUAUUAGUGCACAAACCCAGCAAGUGACACACAUAAAUAUGCAACGUCUACCGCACACUGAGGGUUCAUUUUAAAUCACCACAUGUGUGAUUAGCGGAGCUUAUUUUGUAAGCAAAAAGGUGGCGGUGCGCAUACGUUGUGUUUGGAUCAAGUCUGAGAUACUGUGAAGGUAUACAGAGGCCGAGAGUCCUAGUGCUACAUGUUUUGUUUAUUUGGUGAAAAAACAUAACCUUUAAAAUUUGAAAUUGACAAAUCGUCAAGUGUAAUAAUUACAUUUAUACAGCGCUUUACUCAAUACUCAAAGUAGUUUGCAAUCUCCAUGCAGGAAGGACCCGGGAUGCAAACCCCUCAUCUCCUUAUUGUGAGGCAGCAGCACUUCCAUUAUGCCACCUGCGCUAAUGUACUGUACUGCAUUAUAAUGUGCUUGAUAGAUAAAAAUUACACACACAGACUUUCCAAAAGAGAAAAAUAUUAACCGCAGGUUAAUAACGAGUUCAGCAUUCUACAAAACAGUUGUUAUGCAGUCCCACAAAGCAAUCA